GCCUACAGGUGUUUGUGUCUUCCUCAGUGAUUGGGCAGAACUCCGUGACAGGUCCUGAAACAUGCAAACACAGGCAAAUCUUUUAGGGGCUCUGAGGGGAAGAGGAGUUAGGGCCUCUUGUUAUCAGAGAGAAAAAUCAGCUGUUGGAUGAUCAUAGAGGCUCACAGGGAGGUCUUCACACAAGAAUACCAGAAAAAAGAUACCAAGGCAACAAGAGUGCCACUGAAUCAUCCGAGCAACAUGGAGUACACCUUCAGAGCAGUUACGCACAGCCCUGGGAUUAUAAUCUGGAGAAUCGAGAAAAUGGAGCUGGUACAAGUCCCAGAGAAGUCUUAUGGAAACUUUUAUGAGGGCGACUGCUACAUACUCCUGUCUACUCAGAAGGUGGGCAGCGCUGUGAGCUAUGAUAUCCACUACUGGAUCGGCUCAGAGUCCACUCAGGAUGAACAGGGUGCAGCUGCUGUUUACACCAUCCAGCUCGAUGAGUUCUUGGGCUCCACUCCGGUCCAGCACCGUGAGGUUCAGAACCACGAGUCUGACACCUUUAGAGGAUACUUCAAACAGGGAUUAAUCUAUAAAAAGGGCGGAGUGGCAUCAGGCAUGAGGCACGCUGAAACCAACACCUAUGAUGUGAAGAGACUGCUUCAUGUCAAAGGGAGGAAAAGGGUGAUUGCAAAGGAGGUGGAGAUGAGCUGGAAGAGUUUCAACCUCGGCGAUGUGUUUUUGUUGGACAUGGGCAAGACCAUCGUUCAGUGGAACGGACCCAAGUGUAACAGACAGGAAAAGCUCAAAGGCAUGUUGUUGGCCAAAGACAUCCGAGACAGAGAGAGAGGAGGUCGGGCAGAGAUCAGGGUGGUCGAGGGCGACGCAGAGAGCAACUCUCCCCACAGCAUGGAGAUCCUGAACGGGGUCCUCGGUGAGAGGACCUCCAGGCUGACUGAUGGACCUCCAGAUGCAACUGCUGACCAGCAACAGAAGUCAAAUCUCACACUCUACCAUGUGUCAGAUAAUGAUGGUCAGAUGAAGGUCACAGAGGUCGCCACCAGACCUCUGGUUCAGGAUCUCCUCAACCAUGAUGACUGCUACUUCCUGGAUCAGGGGGGGAUGAAGAUCUUUGUGUGGAAGGGAAAGAAGGCAAACAAAGCUGAAAGACAAGCUGCCAUGACCAGAGCUUUGGAGUUUAUCAAAGCAAAAAAGUACCCAAUCACUACAAAUGUGGAGACGGUGAAUGACGGGGCGGAGUCAGCCCUCUUCAAGCAGCUGUUCCAGCGGUGGACGGUAAAGGAUCAGACUCAAGGUCUGGGCAACGUGCACACAAGGGGGAAAGUAGCUCACAUCACUCAGGAAAAGUUUGAUGCCUCUCUGAUGCACAUGAUGCCAGAGGUCGCUGCACAGGAGCGAAUGGUGGAUGAUGGCACAGGUCAAGUGGAGGUGUGGAGAAUUGAGAAUCUGGAGCUUGUCCCUGUGGACCCUGGGUGUUAUGGAUACUUCUAUGGGGGAGACUGCUACCUGAUCCUCUACACCUAUUUUGUUAACAGCAGGAAGUGUUACCUGCUCUACAUGUGGCAGGGGCGUCAUGCAUCGCAGGACGAAGUGGCAGCCUCAGCGUUUCAGGCUGUGGACUUGGAUCAGAAGUACGGUGGUGAGCCGGUUCAAGUGAGAGUAACAAUGGGCAAAGAACCGAGACACUUCAUGGCAAUGUUCAAGGGUAAAAUGGUCAUCUAUGAGGGGGGAACAUCUAGAAAAGGGUCCUCUGACCCAGAACCACUGAUAAGGUUGUUCCAGGUCCGUGGUUCUGACCCAUUCAACACUAAAGCUGUUGAAGUUACAGCCCUGGCCUCCUCCCUCAACUCAAAUGAUGUGUUUUUACUAAAGAGCCAAGCAGGAAUUUACCUGUGGUGUGGGAAGGGGUCGAGUGGCGACGAGAGAGCCAUGGCGAAGGAGGUCGUCUCUGUGAUUGGCAAGAAAGACUCGGAUCAGAUUGUGGCUGAGGGUCAAGAGUCCGUUGAAUUCUGGGAUAUGCUCGGAGGGAAAGCUCCCUAUGCCAGUGACAAGAGGUUACAGCAGACGGUUUCAGACCACCAGCCACGCCUGUUCGAAUGCUCCAAUAAGACAGGUCGCUUCAUCGUGACCGAGGUGACUCAGUUCACACAGGACGACCUCAGCGAGGAUGAUGUCAUGCUGCUGGACACAUGGGACCAGCUUUUUCUCUGGAUCGGUAAAGAGGCCAAUGAGGUGGAGCGCAAGGAAGCCAUGGUCACGAGCCACGAGUACCUGCGCACCCACCCGGGCGACAGGGACCCCGACACCCCCAUCGUCUUGAUCAAGCAGGGGUUUGAGCCACCAACCUUCACUGGGUGGUUCACAGCCUGGGACCCCUCCAAAUGGAGCGGAGGAAAGAGCUACGAGGAGUUGAAAAAGGAGCUGGGAGACUUAGCAUCACCUGUUACCUUUACACCUGAGCAGAACUGUGCUGAAAGUGUGAAAAGCUCUCAGUGUUUUCCACCCGAGGAGCUGGUCAACAAGCUCGCCAGCGAGCUGCCUGAAGGUGUUGACCCAGCUGAGAAAGAGAAACACCUCUCCGACUCUGACUUUAACGAUGUAUUUGGGAUCACCAAAGACGACUUUGCAAGCCUGCCGCAGUGGAAGCAACUGAAGUUGAAGAAAGAGAAGGGGAUGUUUUGAUCAGAUUUUUUCUGUACUUGAAAUAAGCUCUCAUUUCUUUCUUUUUUUUUUUUUUUUUUUAAGGGAAGAUUUUCUUUGUUUCCUACAAUAAAUGACUUUUUAGCUCAAUCAUCUUGUGAAACUUUUUAGAUCAUGUAUCUUUACAUCCCCUGGUUUUUAUUGUGAUUCAGUGUUUCAAAUCAUUGUAACACUUUAUUUUUUAACCUGUGCUAAUUUUGUACAAGUAACACUUAUGAUUCCAAUAUUUAAAAUUGUGUAUGAAGAAAAUUGUAAAGUGCGUUCCUUUUUUGGUUUGUUUGAUUUCAAGGCAUUUCUUCUUCUUCUCUCUACUGAAAGGGUAAUGCAUCUUAUUUUUACUGAGGCAUCACAUCAUGGAUGACAAAACAGAAAAGUGAAUGCAAAAUCAAACAUGAUACAAACACAUCAAAACAAAUGACCAUAAUUUGUAGGUAAAAUACAUGGACUUAAUUAAAUUCAGCACGUUAUAGGGGUCAAUGUUGCCAUCUCCUGGACAAAUAAUGUAACAUGUCAGAACACUGAUCAAGAAACAAGUAAUAGUCACCCCUUUUAUUUGAUAUGUCUGGAAUGUAUUUUCAGUUACAAGUAUAAAUUCAUGUAAUUUACUGUUACAUCUGAAAAUUUAAUACAAAGCUCAGGACAAGUCAAAAAGUCUAAGACCCAUAAAAUGCACCAGAUUACAGUAUGAA